CGCUCGGCUUCGCUCUCUGUCUGCGCAGGCGCCUGCCCGCGAGAUGGCGGCGGUUAGAGCUGGCCGUCUGAGGCGGGCGGCCUCUGCCCUGUUGCUCAGGACCCCGCGCCUGCCGGUCCGCGAGCUUUCCGCUCCGGCCCGACUCUACCACAAGAAGGUUGUUGAUCAUUAUGAAAACCCUAGAAAUGUGGGGUCCCUUGAUAAGACAUCUAAAAGUGUUGGAACUGGAUUGGUGGGAGCUCCAGCAUGUGGUGACGUAAUGAAAUUACAGAUUCAAGUGGAUGACAAGGGGAAGAUUGUGGAUGCCAGGUUUAAAACAUUUGGCUGUGGUUCUGCAAUUGCCUCCAGCUCAUUAGCCACGGAAUGGGUAAAAGGGAAGACGGUGGAGGAAGCCUUGACCAUCAAAAACACAGAUAUCGCCAAGGAGCUCUGCCUGCCCCCUGUGAAACUGCACUGCUCCAUGCUGGCUGAAGAUGCAAUCAAGGCCGCCCUGGCUGAUUACAAACUGAAACAAGAACCCAAGAAAGGAGAGGCGGAAAAGAAAUGAGUCCUCAGCGAAGCCUAAGCAGGUCAUGUCAGCUGUUCGCCUGCCCACAGCGCAAUCACCAUAGAUUUUCACAGGCCCUUCACGCUACAGUAACAGACUAGGAGACACAUAUGUGCUGUUCACAUUGUGACUCUAAUAUGAGCAAAAUACACAGUUUAAUUGUGCUAAAUCUUGUGGUUUCCUUCAGCCCAUUCUGUUGCCUUCACUAGUUCAUGUAUAUUUUGAAUUGUGGUCUCAAAACUGAAAUCACUCAUGAAGUGUCAGGUUUUGGUAGUUCAUGAAGAGCACAAAUAUCUAAUUUACCUGAAUCUGUUUUGAGGAAGACUACCAAAAGAAUGCCUUGGUCUAUUUGAUAGAACCAGUUACUGUACAUAGGACAGAUUUGCAUAUAUAUAUA